GCAUUAUCUUUGACAAAACGAUCCGCUUGUGUGUAAUCAUGGUGGUCGGAGCUUUUCCAAUAGUAAAACUUGGAACUUUAGUUUUAAGACAGAUUAGUAAACCUAUCGCCAACAUUGCAAAAGAAAAGGCUAAGCAAAGUCCAUUUUUUAGGACGUACAUAUGUAUGCCUCCAGCCCAGUUCUACAACUGGUGCGAGGUGAAAGCGAGAAUGUGGGUCAUGAACCUCGGGAAGCCCGUCAACAUACCGAGUCUCAACGAGGCGAUGGCCAUAGAGCUGGGGGCCAACCUGCUGGGGGAGGGCAUCAUAUUCAUAGUCGCGGUGGGCGUCAUGGUGUUCGAGUACACCCGCUCCAGCCGCAAGGAGGCCGCGAAGGAGAAGGCGCUCCGGGACGAGCUGGACACGAUGAGCUACACGGUGCAGGAGCUGUACUUCCAGAACGAGAGGCAGGACGCGCAAAUCCGAGAGCUCCUCCGAGCCGUCUACGAGCUCCAGACCUCCGUGGUGCAGAAGCCGUGGAGAAUCCGCUCCCGCAAGGGGGACGAUGAUCCGGACGACGGCCAGCCCCCGGUUACCGGACUGCCGCCUCCCUAUCCUCCCACACCCAGUGAAAGGAGCAGUGGUAAAAGUGACGCUCAGUUCAGGAUCGGCGCCUCUACGGAAAGUGCAGGACUGCUAAUGCAAGCUGUUAACUACUUUCAGGCUGAUGUAAAAGGAUUACGGUAGUUACAAGAAUGCAGGUGCCGUAACCUCCUCUGUUGUCCUUUAAGGUUACUUAACUAACCUUCUUAGCAGUAUUUUUUGUUAUUUUAAGUUGUUAGUUUAUCUUCAAUACCAAACAAAUUAUUUUGCUUGUGCAUUAUGUAGACUAGUAAGAAAUGUUUUAUUGUUAAUGCCCACGGUUAAUUUACAUGAAAUUUAUUUAUUAUCUUGAAACAUGUCACUUGGAUUCUGCGCUGUACAUAAUUAUAAUUAUUAUAGUCUUAUGCUCAACUUAUAUUCUUAUACUCAACUGUUUGGCUGUUGGAUUCAAGCUGGUGCACUAUCAGCGAGGAUUGUUAUGGUAAUUGUGGAACAAUUGACUGUCUAAAUUUAAAUGGUUAAUAUGUACAUAGAUCUACCACUUUCAUCACACUGAAAAUGUAAUUAAUGAGGUGGAGAGCAUGGUUGAUAUGUUAAGAUAUAAAUGUACUUGCCCUGAUGUAGUGUAAGGUCCAAUCCGUAAUGUUCUAAACCAUAGCCAUGUUAGAUUAGCAAUUUUGCAGGAAUUAUCGAAUGUCAAUACAGUUUUAACGCGAAUAACAAAUUUAAAAUGUAACUUGCUAGAAAAAGGAGACCCUGUGUACUAAAAUGAGAACUGAUUGUAACUAUAAACUCCAAGCAAACUAAAAAAGCUGGCAGCACAGUAACGCUACCUAACCGCCAAGGUCAACAACUGGAAUCCAUCCGGGUAAAAAUCUGAAUAUGAGUGGUUUGACUGAUGCUAGAUUUCAGAAAGUCCUAAACCAUAGAACACUGGAUGAAACUGGAUGUAUAACAACUGUUGAAAAAUGAAUGAUAAAUUUAAUACUGUCUUAACUAUGUGUAUUUGUUUUAAACAAUUUUAAAAAAUGUUUUGACGUUUUCUGUAGCAAUUGUGGGAAACAGGGCAGAAAACUUUCUUGGUUUUAAUAUCUCCUUAUUGAGACUGAAUUAUGAUAAGUCUAUACAUCUUAUUUGUGUAGUUCUUUUUAGUGUCUGUUAAGAUAGAUUAAAAAAUUUUCAAGAUUUUUGUCUCUGAAAGCAUUAAUCACCAGUUUAUCGUGUAGCUUUCACAAAAUUAUAUUCUCAUACAAUUGUGUGUCAGCAUUUUAAGGCUUUGUCACACACACCAUUUUUUGAUGUGUAACAUCUUAGCUAUCGGUUUACAGUAUUUGGUAGGAGUAAUUAGUGCUGCCAUCUGUGGCGGAUGGCACAAACUGAAAUUUAAAAAGCCAAAGGGAAACUUUAUAGUAUUAACAGAUCAAUAAAUUUUAACAGAUUGGCAUUAUUUUAAUUAAAUUCAUUGUCAAAUUCACAUUAAAGCUGGGAUUUUAUAUUUUGUAAGUCUUCUGUUUCGCUUUUAUCAGAGCCAUUUUAUUUAUUUAAAAUUUGUAAAAUCCUACCAACAGUUCCGGCAAAAAAUUCUAGUGGCGGAUUUAAAAACUAAGAGAUUUGAUUCAUGAAAUGUAGUUGAAAACACAAUUUGCUUAUAUUUAUCUUUUUCUGCAUUAUUUUAAAGAAUUCUACAUUAAAUUUCAUGUUUGAGUUUCAUAUUAUAAGUUUAUUUGCAACAUGAGAACACAUAAAUAUGCUGGUUACCGAGAUUAGAUGUUGCAUGUCUCUGGCGAGUACUGAAAGACUCGUUGACACAUACGCACACGCACAAAACAAACAGACACACAGAUAUAUAUUUUCAUCAUUUUUAUUUUGGGUCUAUUUCUGUAACUUUUAAUGUAAUACCUCCCCUACCUUUGUUUUGUCACAAAUAUUUUCAACAGAUAAGCAUUAUGUUUAAUAUAAUUUUAUGCAUCUUAUAUUAUACUUAAUGAAUUUCUGGUGACCAUAAUUGUGACAGAAUGAAAGCAAGGUAGGUACAAAAUAGCCGUAAAAUAACAGUAAUUGCAAGGGUGUAAGAAGAGAACAAAAAAUAAAUUUUAAAGGAAAGGAGCUGGUAACAUUAGAAAUUCAAUUUUUUACAUUUGACACUUAACAAGCGGAAUGGGGAAAGAAACAGUUCAAAUUUAAAAAAUCAUGAGGUCCUCGAUAAAAAUUUCCAGGCCCAUAAAUACAGGUUAGAUAUAAAAAAACAACAAAUGAGAAUAUUUAAAUUUAAGUGACAUACCUGUGCAUAUGUUACAUGGUCUCUGCUUCAAAAUUUAUUUCAACAAAUAAUAGGUUGCAGAUUUAAUUUAGUUGAACAUAAUUUAGCGCUGUCGUGUAGUGAUCCUGCAGGGCCGCAACUAAAAAAGAUGUAAAAUAACAUUCUGCUCGUGUAACACUAUUAUCACUGUUCACAGCAAAAUUAAUUUUUUAAUUGGAAGCGAUACACUUCACGUGUUAGUUGUGUUUUUUGUAGCGACAUGUUUCACAAUGUCUCCUCUUCCACUAUGCGAGAUAGAAAAAUCAGCACGGCACACGCUACAAAACGGAAAAUUGCUUCCUUUACGUGACUCGAGUAUUGAUUGAAACUUGUUACUGUAAGCUUUCGUAAAACU